AUGUUGACUAGUUUUGUGCAGGCACUAACUCAUAAAGUCAAUCAACUCCAAGCUGAGUCCCCUCGAGCCCUGAUGGAAACUUGUCAGAUGUGUGGAUUGCAAGGCCAUACUGCGCGGGAGUUUCAACCCAAUUAUGAUGGAAUGACGAUUGAUCAAGCUAAUGCUUUUUAUACCAUGACCUCCACAAGGCCAUUUGAUGAAGGGUGGAGAAAUCAUCAAGGUUUCUCAUAUAUGAACAAUCAGGCUCAAGUGAAUCCUCCACCACCACCCGUUUUUCAAGCACGGGCACCUAUCAAUCAUCAAUCCAUGCGCCAACCACUACCUCAAUCUUCAAAUCUUGAACCCAUUAUGGAGACUUUUGCUACCUCCCAACGUCAACAACAAGAGCUUAUAUUAAAGCAAUUUGAGUUACAAGCAAAGCAAAAUGAAUAUUUUGAAAACUCGAUUCAAUUGCUUGUUACUCAAAAUAAGAGGAUAGAAACUUAUCUUUCUCAACUUUCACAGCAAGUGAGUCAUCUUACAACUCUUCAAGAUCAAGCAAAAGUCCAGACAAAGCAAUGCAAUGCAAUUUUCGUGAAGAGUGAUGAAUUGUUUACGGGAGGAUUAGAAGAGAAAGUGUGCAAUGUGGAGUCAAGAACAGAGAAGCAUGAGAGAGAAGGUCCCAAAUAUGUUGCUCCACAAGCAUAUGAGGAGCCGAUGCCUUUCCCGCAAAGGUUAUCAAAAGCCGUGCUCGAUAAGCAUUUUGGGAUGUAUUCUGAGACUCUUAAGAAGGUAUAUGAUACCAUUCCUUUUUCCGAUCUUGUAAUUCAAAUGCCUCAAUUUGCAAAUUUUGUGAAAGGAAUUCUAGAUCAUGAUCAUAAUGAUAAGAAAUUAGAAUGUUUGGUAGUAAAGGAGAAAUGUCGUGAUCUUAUACAUGAUAGCUUAUUAUAUGACAAAUUAGGUUUGAAAAACCUUAAAACCUCUCCUAUAUCUCUUCAUACGGCUGAUAGAACUGUUAGACUCCCUAAGGGUGUAGUUGAAGAUCUAUUAGUUGGGAUUGGUGAACUGGUUUUUCCUGUUGACUUUGUUUUAGUGGAUAUGAAAGAAGACCAUAAGAUCCCACUUAUCUUUGGUCGCCCUUUUCUUGCUACAAGUCAAUCUUUAAUAGAUGUUCCUCAAGGACAAGUGACCAUUAGAGCUCAGGAUAAGCAAGUUGUGUUUAAUCUUUUCAAUGACCAUAAUUUCACUUUUGAUGGUGGUACUUGUUUGAGAAUUGAUGCUACUAACCCUUUGGUUGAUAAGUGUGUUUCUAAUAGAUAUCUUGUGAGCAAAAAUGACUAUAUUCCACCGCAUGAUGGGUUUAGCUACAUCAAAAUGAGUUCGAAUACAAAUUAUAUCAACUCUAGUUUGAAGGAGUCAUAUACAUGUGAACACAAUUACAGACAAGACCGUAGAGAAUCCUCUCUGCGUGGUGGUGAUCCAGGUUGA